GUUACUCUGCUAUUUUAUCGACACUUUCAUUUCUAUGGCGCAUUUCUCUUCUCCUUUCCUAUUUCCUUGUAUUCUUAUUUUUAUUUUCACAAUACAUACCAAGUAUGCUAAUUGGUUCCUCACGGAACGUCCGUUCCUUGUUCCCUUUCUUUCACUCUGGUCUGUUGUCUAUUGUCUAUUUAAUAUUUGUUUGUAUAUAUAGUACCAUGGGUGCUUUGUUUCAGGCCGUGCUAAAAUUUCAGAAAUCGUGAUGUGUUUGUAACAGUAAGUACACACGGGAUCCAAAUUC